AUGUCAACAGCUUUUCAAACCGAAACUUUAACACUUGACGCAAGUCUGUUUGAAGGUGGUGGUCAAGUUAUUCGAAAUUGUAUUGGUUUAAGUUGUCUGUUACAUAAACCUAUAAAAUUAUUAAAUGUUAGAGCUAAACGCGAAAAUCCUGGUUUAAAACCCCAACAUGUUUCUGGACUUAAGCUUAUCCAAAAUAUUUUUCAAGCAGAUUUACAGGGAGGAAAUGCAAGAUCCAAAGAAAUAUAUUUUAAACCAAAUGAAACGAAUAGUAUUAAUACUUUCAUUGCUGAUACUCAAACAGCGGGGAGCAUUACAUUAUUGAUUCAGAUUUCUCUACCACCCUUGUUAUUUUCAGCUCCACCGCCAAAGUCAAAAUUAUUUCUUCCUCCUAGAUCUAAAAAAGUUAUUCUGAAAGGCGGAACAGCUGUUAAUGCUGCUCCACCAAUUGAUUUUUUAAUAGAAGUAUUCAAACCUAUAGUAGAACGCGAAUUUGGAUUGAAUUUUGAUGUUAGCUUAAUUAGAAGGGGAUAUUAUCCUAAAGGUGGUGGAGAGGUUGUGUUACGAGUUGAUCCAAUUGUUGAAAAAUCUUUAAAACCAUCAAAUUUAGUGGACCUUGAGAGCGCGUCUAAAGUAUUAACAGAAGCAGCCUUAUUUGAACUCAAAAACAUUCAAUUCGAUAUAGAAAUUAAUACUGAAAGAUAUAAUACUUGCAAAGGUUCUGAUAUUUUAUUAUGGGCAGAAACAAGUUCUGGAUGUUUAAUUAGUGGACACGCUAUAAGCGAUAAAAAAAAAUCACCUGAAGAAGGGGGGCGACGCGCAGCAGAGGAACUGAUACGAAAUAUCAAACACGGAGGAUGCGUCGAUGAAUAUCUACAAGAUCAACUAAUAAUUUUCAUGGCAUUAGCUGAAGGUAAAUCAAAAUUGGUUUCAGGUCCUAUAUCUUCGCAUACUCGUGCAGCUAUUCAUUUUGUUGAAGUUAUGUCGGGUGUGAAAUUUUAUAUUAAAAAACUUGAUCCUUUGGAAUCAUUAAAUAUACAAGAUGAUCAAUCAGAAUAUGGUAAUUCAUAUUUGAUUGAAUGUGAAGGUAUUGGAUUAAAGGUCUCAAAACAAUUAUAA